GAUAUCUGGCAACAGCCAGCGUUCAGAAGCUGCUCGAGAAAUUUCGUUAAAAACGGUCGAAAUGUCGCAAUAAAUUGAUAAUUUAUUGUAAAAAGUGUUUAUAAGUGCUUUAUAAAGUGAAUUGUAAUCUAAUUUUCUUUAGAAAAUGCUCAAAAAUGUGAAAUAAGAAGGCUGCAAACCUGAUUUGUGAAGAGGCAGGCUUUUUUCAUAGUCGUAAAAUACAUACAGACAUUCUCACGCACACACACGCAGCUGUAAAUAUGUAUAAAUAACGCGCGGGCGCGAGAGAGAAAGAAAGAGCGUGAGUAGAGUUGAAUGUGUAAUUGUAUGCGUGAGUGUGUUGCGCUGUUUUGUGUGCUCGUGUCGGUGAGAGAGAGCGAGAGCAGCGCGCCAACAAGGCGAAUGCGAGAGCAAAGCAAAAACCAACAAAUAAGUGAACGAAAAUAAAAACGAAAAAUACCGAAUAUCGAACAAGUCGUGUGCGCUAAAUGUUGUAUUGUUGAAUGUUAAGUAUUGUUUGAGCGUUUGUGCAUUUCUGCAAGGUGAAUUAUGUUUUGACGCAGACAUAAAAAGUUGGAUACGUCGUAAUAUCAUUGCGGGAAGAAGAAAAAUAAGAUUCAAGAAAUCGCGCUAAGACAAAAAUUCGCGCAGAUACACACAUACACAGGCACGCAUAUAAAUGCGCAAAAAGUGUGCUAGUAUAUGUGUGAGUGUGUUGCUAGUAUCUAAUGAUGUAGAUGAUUGCAAUGAUAAUGAAAGCGAUCAUAAUGAUAAUCAUGAUGAAGAUGUUGUUGAUUUUAAUGUGGCAGCCGCGGCCGCACUGCUAACAUAGUUGAGCAACGUUUCGCGAAAGUACAGCAAUGUGGAAAAUUGUAAAUACGACCAAAAACUCAAAACGCAGAAAAACUAAACGCGCAAAAAGAAGAAUUUUCAUGCUCGCGUCACCAUAAGACACCCAUAAAGGAAAGAAAAACUGUCGUAAAAAGGCAGUCAUAAAGGAAAACCCACCACUUAACAGGGUAGUGGGCUUCAAMAGCAACAACAACAACACCGCUGCAAAGAAAGUUUGUGCCGCCAACAACGCGUUGCAAAUACAGAGCCAGGUCAAUAUAAACGAUUUGCCAAUGCAAAUGCAUAGACAAAUGCAAAAAAUCAAAGAUCAGCAAGUGCGUAUAUUAUGGGCCGCUCUAAGUUCCCCGGGAAACCAUCCAAGUCGAUCAACCGUAAACGGAUAAGUGUCCUGCAAUUGGAGGAUGAUGCAGCGGCGGCGGCGGCUAGCGCUGCGGCUAGCACAGCGGCAACAGAGCAGCAUCAGCAGGGCGAGCAAAGCGCCGGCUCAGCGUCGCGGGAGAAGGGCAACAAUUGUGAUAACGAUGACGAUGAUAAUGCGCCAAGUGGUGCGACGACCAGCGGAAACAGUAGUACAUCCGGAGGAGUUGCGGGUGCCACUGCCACCGAAGGUGGCAGCAGCGCCGAUAACGGGUCCAGCGGGGGUAACACAACAAAUGGCGGCAAUGUAAAUGGAGGCAGUCACCACAAGAACGCCACAGCUGCAGCCCCACUGUCGGCAGAGGUCAAGGAAUGCAAAAAUCAAGGCAACAAUAUCGAGCCCAACAACUGCAUUGGCGCUGGGCCCGAUGACGCCGAGGACACAAACAACGAUGACGAGGAUGACAGUGGCAAUGACAGGAAGGCAACAGCCGGCGUUGUCUCUUUCGGGCCCGGGCUCGGUGCGUUGCAGCGUGCACGCAAAGGAGGCAAUAAAAAAUUCAAAAACUUGAAUCUGGCCAGAGCGGAGGUGAUGUUGCCCUCAACGUCGAAACUCAAGCAGCAGCAGCAGCAGCAGCAACAACAACAACAACAACAGCAAUUGCAACUUAAUUGCCCUUCAUCGUCUUCAUCGUCAUCCGCUCCUACGACAACAAAGGCGACGGCUUUAGCGAUUGCCGCGCUGGCAUCGACGACGGCAACGACGUCAACGUCAACGUCGUCGUCGGCGUCAAGCAUGCCUGGGACGUCACUGGCAGCAGCUGCUGGGGGCGGGGGAGGCACUGCUGCUGGCCUUCUGGCGAACCCCUUUGCCAGCGUCGAGACAAACGUGGCAGAGGCAGCAGCCGCUGCAUCGGCAGCCGCAUCARCAGCAACAGCAGCAGCAGGCGCUGGCGAAGAUGUUGCAAUGCUAAAGGCUUCAAACGAAAUGGGCACUGAGGCCGGCCCAGAAGCCGCUGUCGCCGCAGGCAAAUCGAAUGGGUGCAGUCCCAGCGCCAAUGCGGUGGCCGGCACGAGUGCCGCCCCAGGGGCCCCCACGGCGACCAAGCAGAAGAAGACGGUCACCUUCAAGAAUAUACUCGAGACCAGUGAUGACAAGUCGGUGGUGAAGCGUUUCUACAAUCCGGACAAUCGGGUGCCGCUCGUUUCGAUCAUGAAGAAGGACAGCUUGAACCGACCGCUCACCUAUUGCCGGGGCAGCGAGUUCAUUGUGCGUCCCUCCAUACUGUCCAAGAUACUCAACAAAAACUCCAACAUCGACAAGCUCAACUCGCUGAAAUUUCGCUCAGCGCACGCCUCGGCAAGCACCGCACAGGAAUCGAGCUCCGCAAGUCUCUUUGGCUCUGGUCUGAGUCGAGCCUUUGGCGCCCCCAUGGACGACGAGGACACCGUUUCGGGCGGUGUCACAUUUCGCAAGGAGGAGCCCCAGUCGAGAGCAACGGAAGACAACGACGAUGAUGGCUCCGAAAGUAGCGAUGACAUUGAGGACGAUGAAGGCAUUGAUGAUGAAGAAGUGGAGGACAAGGAAGAGGCGAAGCCGGAGAAGAGUGCUGAAACAACAGCUAAUCUGGAUGAAAAGGAUGGGGACGACAGGCAGCUGGUCGUGGAUAAGCAUUUCGUGUUGCCCAAACGCAGCACGCGCUCAUCUCGCAUCAUAAAGCCCAAUAAGCGUCUUCUUGACAUGGGCGGGAUAAGUAGCAAGAAGAGCAACAGCGAUGCCGUUAGCAAGCCUAAGCCGAAGAACUACUUUGGGCUGACGGACUUUGCCAGCGAAAUGGCCGCUUCGACGUCGUCAGCAUCAUCGUCAUCAUCAUCGUCCGUUGCAUUGAGCCAGAAGCUGUUGAAGGAAACGUUUCCGAGCUUUGGCACAACGAAGCUCAACAGCAGUUUUGUGAUGCGCCAGCCGCGCCUGCAGUUCCAAAGUGACAAGGGUGCGUCGUUUGUGGGCGCCAAGCUGCCCACAGCGUCGCCAUCGCCUGCGUUAUCCAGUGCCAUUUCGUUAGCAAAUGCUUUAUCCUUUGGCUCUCUCAAUAAUGCCAAUUCAGCUGUGAGUACGUCAUGCGCCAUUUGCUCAGCGCCAGUGAACAGCAAGAAUGCGACGCUGGAGCGAAAAUAUGGCGCAAUUGCCUGUGAUGUUUGUCGGAAGUUCAACUCAAGAAUGACAAAGGUAUCCAAGCUAUCGACGCCAACACAGUCGGCCCAGCAACUGCAGUGCAAGGGCACAAACGGCGGCAACUGCAGCAUACAAUCGGCCAAGAGCCAGCUGAAGAACUUCAAGAAGCUCUACAAGGAGCGCUGCACGGCUUGUUGGCUUAAGAAAUGCAUAACGGUAUUCCAGCUGCCCUCGGGGCAUAGAAGCCGCUUGAGUGCCAUGCUGCCCGCCAAUAUGCGCGAAGAGAGCGCACCCAAGGAUGAUAAAAGCUCGGAGCUGCUGUCGCCCACGGCUAACAUGCGCUUCACAGCGCCGACUAGCUCCGCCACGUCGGCGAGCUCCGGCACGACCAUCAUGUGGAAGUCCAGUGCGGAGUCUGCAGUGAACAUCAUCAAGUCGAAUCCUCUGGCAGAGAAUAAUGUUACCUUUGGCAGCACUCCAUUGCUCCGACCUGCAAUACUCGAAAAGCCGUUGUUCUUAAAGAUAGCCAGCGAUAACAAAAAGCCGAAAGAAUUAAAAGUCGCGUCCGCGUCCACGGAGGCGGUUGCUCUAAGUCCAGUGCCCAGCACCAGUGAACCAUCAGUAGCUGCGCCAAACAAAGCCACGCGCAAGGCCAAGCAGGACAAGGAGAAAGCAAAGGAACAGGAAGGCGAUAAGCAGCUUAGUCCCAGCACAAGAAAAGCGGCUGAUGUCAACAUAUCGGAGACUCAAAAGGAUGAACAACAACAUCCGCCAGCUGCAGCGAUUGGAGCGUCCAUCACCAGCUCUUCUGCAGCCCAAACGAACUCCACUUCCGCCACCCACAGUGCAAUGGAGACGGCUGAGGCAGCCUCCACACCGACAUCGACAGCGCCGGAUAACUUGAAGCGGCAGCGCAUUGACCUGAAGGGGCCGCGUGUGAAACACGUGUGCCGCAGUGCAUCCAUAGUUCUUGGUCAGCCGCUAGCCACUUUUGGCGACGAGGAAGAUGAGUUGGCAGCGGCAGAGACAGCACCGCCAGCAACUGUGUCAGAGGCCAACGCCAAGAAGCCCAAGUCGCCACAGACCGUGCAGAUGAUCAUCGAUGAGAACGACAACUGUGCCACCUGCAAGCCAGCGACUAAUGAAGCCACAGCAGAAGCCCAGCCAGUCGCUAAGGCUGCGCUGGAACCGAAGAGCGGUAAAUCAAGUGCGCAAACAGAGGCUAAAAAGGCGACAACUACAUCGGCCUCCUCCAAGGGCAAGGUUACUACGCGAAAUGCGACUGCAACUGUGACAUCAGCGGCCAGCGGUCUGAUGCCCAGCAAGAAGCAGCGGAAUUACGAGGGGAGCAGCACGGCUGGCAAUCAGGCGGCUGCUCCUCAGAGUCGCCGUGCCCUGGGCAAGGAAGUGAACCGGCUAAAGGCGUUGAUUUCAAUCGAUUUCUGGGAGAACUACGAUCCGGCCGAAGUAUGUCAAACGGGAUUUGGAUUGAUUGUCACGGAGCCAGUGGCGCAGCGUGCUUUGUGCUUUCUGUGCGGCUCGACGGGCCUGGAUCCGCUCAUCUUUUGCGCCUGCUGCUGUGAGCCCUACCAUCAGUAUUGUGUGCUGGACGAGUAUAAUCUGAAGCACAGCUCCUUCGAGGAUACGCUGAUGAAUAGCCUGUUAGACACGUCCAGCAAUGCCUGCGCCAUUUCAGCGGCAACGAAUACGGCGCUGAAUCAGCUGACGCAGCGACUCAACUGGCUAUGUCCGCGGUGCACCGUUUGCUAUACGUGCAACAUGUCGUCCGGGUCGAAGGUGAAGUGUCAGAAGUGCCAGAAGAACUACCACAGCACGUGCCUGGGCACCAGCAAGCGUCUGCUGGGUGCGGAUCGGCCCCUAAUCUGCGUCAACUGUCUGAAGUGUAAGUCCUGCGCCACCACCAAGGUGUCCAAGUUCGUGGGCAAUCUGCCCAUGUGCACCGCCUGCUUCAAGCUGCGCAAGAAGGGCAACUUCUGCCCUAUCUGCCAAAAGUGCUACGACGACAACGACUUCGACCUGAAGAUGAUGGAGUGCGGCGACUGCAACCAGUGGGUGCACUCCAAAUGCGAGGGCCUCAGCGACGAGCAGUACAAUCUGCUGAGCACGCUGCCGGAAUCCAUUGAGUUCAUAUGCAAGAAGUGCGCCAGGCGCUGCGAUGUCUCCCGCCAAAAAGCGGACGAGUGGCGUCAGGCUGUCAUGGAGGAGUUCAAGUCGAGCCUGUACAGUGUGCUCAAGUUGCUCAGCAAGUCACGGCAAGCGUGCGCCUUGCUCAAGCUGAGUCCGCGCAAGAAACUCCGUUGCAGCUGUGCUGCAGGAGGAGGCAAGGCUCAGGCUCAAGGCAAGCUGCAGCCCAAGGCGCUGCAGUUCACCUACAACGGACUGGGCAGCGAUGGCGAGAGCCAGAACAGCGACGAUGUGUACGAGUUCAAGGAGCAGCAGAGCUCAUCCAAUCCGAAGCCUUCGACUCCGGUGCCAUGUACCUGCCUGCAGCCAUCGACCCAAUCGCAGUCGUUCAGCCUCGUCGACAUUAAGCAGAAGAUCGCGAACAAUGCCUACGUUUCGCUGGCGGAGUUCAAUUACGACAUGAGCCAGGUGAUACAGCAGAGCAACUGUGAUGAGCUGGACAUAGCCUACAAGGAGCUGCUGAGCGAGCAGUUUCCCUGGUUUCAGAACGAGACCAAGGCCUGCACGGAUGCGCUCGAGGAGGAUAUGUUUGAGUCGUGCGGCUAUGAGGAACUAGAGGAGUCUCCGUCCGCAUAUGCCGAGCACAAUACAGCAACGCAGCCACCAAGUGCCGGCCUCCUGGACAUACCGCUGGCCGACGUGGACGAUCUGGGUGGAUGUGCGGUGAAGACACGUCUCGACACGCGCGUCUGCCUCUUUUGCCGCAAGAGCGGCGAGGGCUUAUCCGGGGAGGAAGCGCGUCUACUUUACUGUGGCCACGACUGUUGGGUGCACACGAACUGCGCCAUGUGGUCCGCCGAGGUGUUCGAGGAGAUCGAUGGCUCGCUGCAGAAUGUGCACAGCGCGGUGGCCCGCGGUCGGAUGAUCAAGUGCACCGUCUGCGGCAAUCGCGGCGCCACAGUUGGCUGCAAUGUCAAGUCGUGUGGCGAGCACUAUCAUUAUCCCUGUGCGCGAAGCAUCGACUGUGCCUUCCUCACUGACAAGUCCAUGUACUGUCCGGUUCAUGCUCGCAAUGCGCUCAAGGCGAAUGGGUCCCCGGGCGUUACCUACGAAACGAACUUUGAGGUCUCGCGUCCCGUUUACGUGGAGCUGGAUCGCAAGCGUAAAAAGCUGAUUGAGCCCGCCAAGGUGCAAUUCCACAUUGGAUCGCUAGAGGUGCGACAGCUGGGUUCCAUUGUGCCGCGCUUCUCUGACUCCUUCGAAGCCCUAGUUCCGAUCAAUUUCCUGUGCAGCCGGCUGUAUUGGUCCUCCAAGGAGCCCUGGAAGAUCGUUGAGUACACGGUGCGCACCACCAUACAGAACAGCUACUCGUCCACACUGACACUCGACGCCGGGCGAAACUUCACUGUGGAUCACACCAAUCCGAACUAUUCGCUGGUGCAGCUGGGGCUGGCGCAGAUAGCGCGAUGGCACAGCAGUCUGGCGCGCAGCGACCUGCUGGAGACGGACUGGGCCGAGUUUCCGAAUUCGUAUGUGCCACCCGAUGAGAAUACCGAGGAGGAGCCGCAACAGAAUGCGGAUCUGUUGCCGCCAGAGAUAAAGGAUGCCAUAUUCGAGGACUUGCCGCACGAACUGCUCGAUGGCAUCUCCAUGCUGGACAUAUUCAUGUACGAAGAUCUGGGCGACAAGACCGAACUGUUCGCCAUGAGCGAGCAGUCCAAGGACGGCACAACGGCCACAUCACAGGCGACAGGCGGAUCAGUGAGCAUCUGCGACGAUGACACGCGCAACUCAAAUAGCCUCAGCAAGCAGCUGGAGCUCAGUAAUUGCUGGCCAGCCAGCAAUCCCGUUGAAGAUGCCAUGCUGUCCGCCACACGCAGCUCCAACCAGGCGAAGCAGCGAAACAGCGAGGUGCUUAAGAAAACGGCCACAGCCCAAACGCGCUCCUGGCCCAAGAUGGAUGGCAGCAGCGUUGCGGUCUUCAAGCGGCGCAAGCUCUCCAAGAACCUGCCCGAGGGCGUGCUCCUCAGUCUCAAUCAGCGCAACAAAAAGGAAAUGGCCACCGUGGCCGGCAUCACGAGGCGUCAGUCGAUCUGCGGCAGCAGCGAGCUGCUCGCCGAGGGAAACGCAGCCAUGCGCACCAAGAGCUUUACGUGGAGUGCAGCGAAGCGAUAUUUCGAGAAGAGCGAGUCUCGCGACGAGGCAGCCAAAUUGAAGAUUAUGCAAAUGGAUGGCGUGGACGACUCCAUAACCGAGUAUCGGAUUAUUGGCAGCGAUGGCAACCUGUCGACGGCCCAGUUCACGGGGCAGGUGAAGUGUGAGCGCUGCCAGUGCACAUAUCGCAACUACGACUCCUUCCAGCGACACUUGGCCAGCUGUGAGCCCAUGUCCACCAGCGAAUCGGAGUCGGAGACCACGACGGGGCCCACUCAGCUCAGCGCCGAGAGCCUCAACGAGCUGCAGAAACAGGCAAUCGCCGCAGCCACGCUGGGCAACACGGGCGGACUCAACUAUUUGCAGACCUCCUUUCCGCAGGUGCAGAACCUGACCACCUUGGGCCAGUUCGGAGUGCAGGGUCUGCAGGGCUUGCAGGCGCUACAGCUGCAGGCGCAGUCUCUGGGCAAUGGCUUCUUUCUGUCCCAGCCAAAUGCCACACAGGCGACGUCCAAUGGCAACGAUGAGCUGCAGCUCUAUGCGAACUCAUUGCAGAAUCUGGCGGCCAACCUGGGCGGCGGCUUUGCCCUGACACAGCCCACGGUUAAUGCACAGGCGCAACCACAGCUAAUAGCGCUCUCCACGAACCCGGAUGGAACGCAGCAGUUCAUACAGAUACCACAGGCCAAUGGAGCUGCGCCACAGCUGCUGCAGACGACUGCGCCAACAGCCAUGCCAACGACCACAUACCAAACGCUGCAGGCGACCAACAGCGAUAAGAAGAUCGUCCUGCCGCUGCGUGGCACCGCCAAGCCGCUCAAGACGGUGGCCACGAAAGCGGCGCAGCAGGCAACAGCAGCGGCUAAGCAGAAGCAGCUGAAGUCAGCGCAAGGCGUCAAGCCCAUUCAGGCGAAGUUGCAGCCCCAGCAGCAGCAGCAACAGCAACAACAACAGCAGCAACAACAGCAGCAGCAGCAUCAACAACAACAGCCCAUCACGGUCACCGCUGGCACCACCCAGCUGCUUGGCCAGAAUUUGCUGCAGCCCCAGCUGCUGUUCCAGAGCAACUCGCAGCCGCAAACAUCGCAGCUGCUGCUGCCGCAAACGCAGGCGCAGAACAUCAUUUCGUUUGUGACCGGGGACGGCAGUCAGAACCAGCCGCUGCAGUACAUCUCGAUACCGACGGCCAAUGACUAUAAGUCACAGCAGACGACGGCCACGCCCACGUUCCUGACAGCGCCGGGCGGCGGCGCGACAUUUCUGCAAACCGAUGCAAGUGGAAAUCUGGUGCUAACCACCGCUCCGACCAACUCGGGCCUGCAGAUGCUCACCGGAUCGCUGCAGGCACAGCCCCAGGUCAUCGGUACGCUCAUCCAGCCGCAGACGCUACAGCUAACCACGGGGGGAGAUGGAACGCAGGGUGCGACAACACAGCAGCCACUCAUACUGGGUGGUGCAACUGGUGGUGCUGCCACUGGGCUGGAGUUUGCCACUACGACGCCUCAGGUCAUACUGGCCACGCAGCCCAUGUACUACGGCCUGGAGACGAUAGUCCAGAACACGGUGAUGUCUUCGCAGCAGUUUGUGUCCACGGCCAUGCCGGGUGUGCUCAGCCAGAAUGCAAGUUUCUCGGCCACGACGACGCAGGUGUUCCAGGCCAGCAAGAUCGAGCCGAUUGUCGAUCUCCCCGCUGGCUAUGUGGUGCUCAACAAUGCGGUGGAUGCGGGCAGCAGCACCGGCUGGAAUACUGCCAGCGUGCUGCAGCAGAGCCAGUCCCAGACGACAGAGGACGCUACCACACAGCUGCUGCAGAAUGCUGGCUUUCAGUUCCAGACCGCCACACCCACAUCGUCCGCACAGCAGACCAUGUCGGACUAUGUGGCCCCAAUGGUGGUUACGGCCAAGGUGCCGCCGGUGGCACAAGUGAAGCGCAAUGCAAACGCGACGAAGGCAAACAUCUCGGUGCUCAGCAAGGUGCAGCCGCAGCCACAGCAGCCACAAGUGGUCAACAAAGUGCUGCCCACCAAUGUGGUUACACAGCAGCAGCAACAGCAACAACAACAGCAGCAGUAUCAGCAGCAGCCACAGCAACAACAACAACAACAGCAGCAACAGCAGCAGCAGCAGCAUCAUCCGCAGCCAAAGCAGCAGCAAGCGAGUCACCUGAAUGUGAAACAUACGUCACAAUUUCAGCGGCAGCAGCUGACGAAUGAGCUGAAGACCAAGCAGGCAGCGGUGCAGCAGCAGACGGGCACCACGUGUGGCGCACCACCCAGCAUAGCCUCGAAGCCGCUGCAGAAGAAAACCAACCUGAUCAGGCCCAUUCACAAGGUUGAGGUGAAGCCAAAGCUUAUGAAGCCGGCACCCAAGCUACCCACUUCGGCAGCUGCAAUUCAACAACAGCAGCAGCAGCAGCCGUCAGCGGUGGCUAAUCAGAUGCCUAAGGUGGCGCUGUUACAACAGCGCCUGCCCGCACCGCUCCAGCAACAGCAAUUACAGCAGCAGCAGCAGCAACUACAGCCGCAGCAGCAACAACAGCAGCAGCUAUCCGUGCCUCAACUGCUGCCCACACAGCAGCCAAUCAUCAGCAUAGUGAACACAUCAGAGCCCCAGGCAACCACCCAGUUUGUAAUUACGCCGACGGUGCAGGCACAGCCCAUACAGCUGCUGGAGCAGCAGCAGUCCCAACAGCCACAGCAGUUGCAGCAGCAGCAGCCGGAUCUUCUCAUCAAUGGCAAUCCUACGAGGCUGCAGCACUAUACCAGCAAUUCGUUACCCACGAAUGUGGUAAAUCCUCUGCAGCUGCAGCAGCCGAUAGCUGUUAGCACCACCAACAACAGCACCACUGCGGCGUCGCAGAACAGCAUUACGAUAAAUAGCCGGCCCACGAAUCGGGUGCUGCCCAUGCAACAGCGGCAGGAGCCGGCGCCACUGAACUGCGACGCCGUGGUUCAGUCGCCGACGCCACCUAAGCCUAUAGAGGAGCCAGUGAUUGCGGCCGCAUCCACCCAGAAGGCAGUGCUCAAAUGCUACGCGCAGCAGGAGCAGAAAUCUCCUGGCUACGAGGCGGAAUUGAAGACGAACACCACAUUGGAUAGUCUCGUGCAGGCGAAUGCCAUAACGACGCUGCAGUUGCAGCAGCAGCAACAGGAGCCGCUCUACAACGAACACAUCUUCGAGAAGCAGUCGGAGGCACAGCCACAGCUGGAGAAACCGAAAGCCAACGAUCUCAUGCUCAUUGACUCCACCUCAUGCCAACAGCAACAGCAGCAGCAACAACAACAACAACAGCAACAGCAUAUGGAUAUAGUUAGUAAUGGCUUUCAGCUAACAUCUAACGGGAGCUGCCUGCUGGAGAAGAAUGGCUUCCAUGUGGAGGCUGUGCCCAUGGAGACGGACGAUCAUUAUGACAGCCUGAAGAACGGCAACGGCACUGAGGGGCUGGGUCAAGUGGAUGAUGCCGAUGAGGAGGAGGAAGACGACGAUGACUUUAGCUUGAAGAUGGCAACGUCGGCAUGCAAUGAUCACGAGAUGUCCGAUAGUGAGGAGCCAGCGGUAAAGGAGAAGAUCAGCAAGAUUCUGGACAACCUGACAAACGAUGAUUGUGCCGAUUCAAUAGCCACGGCAACCACAGUCGAAGCGAGCGCUGGCUAUCAGCAAAUGGUCGAGGAUGUGCUGGCCACGACUGGCGCCGGCUCAGUGGCUACGGAUGACGAAGCCUUCACGGCCACAGCAGAGGAGACGGCUGCAGUAGAAGCAGCGGCCAGCUACAUCAACGAAAUGGCCGAAGCCCAUGAGCUGCAGCUGAAGCUACAAGCGGGUGUUGAGCUGGAGCUGAAGAAACCCAAACUCGACCUGCCACAGCAGCCAGAUGCCGUGCAGCCUAAUGAGAUGCCCACAGCCGCUGCCCCACAGCAGCCGCCGCCAGUGCGCGACCCCAAGAAGAUUAGUGGACCCCACCUGCUGUACGAGAUACAAAGCGAAGACGGCUUCACCUACAAGUCGAGCUCGAUUGCCGAGAUAUGGGAGAAGGUGUUCGAAGCUGUGCAGGUGGCACGGCGUGCUCACGGUCUGACGCCCUUGCCAGAAGGACCACUGGCCGACAUGAGCGGAGUGCAAAUGAUCGGGCUCAAGACGAACGCUCUCAAGUAUCUGAUCGAGCAACUGCCGGGCGUCGAGAAGUGCGUCAAGUACACGCCCAAAUAUCACAAGCGCAACGGGAAUGUGUCCACAUCUGCCGGAGCUGGGCAUGCGGCCAGCGGGGCGUCUGGCAACAGUGCAGCACUUCUUGGCACUGGAACGGAUGGCCAGCCGAUUAUAGACUACGGCUCUGAUCAGGAGGAGCUGCAGGAGAACGCAUACGAGUGUGCACGCUGUGAGCCCUAUAGCAGUCGCUCCGAAUACGACAUGUUUAGCUGGCUGGCGUCCAGGCAUCGCAAGCAGCCCAUCCAGGUGUUUGUACAGCCUUCCGAUAACGAAUUGGUGCCCAGACGCGGAACUGGAAGCAAUCUUCCCAUGGCCAUGAAGUACCGUACGCUGAAGGAGACCUACAAGGAUUACGUGGGCGUCUUCCGCUCUCACAUCCAUGGACGUGGUCUCUACUGCACUAAAGAUAUCGAAGCGGGUGAAAUGGUUAUCGAGUACGCUGGAGAACUGAUACGCUCUACGCUGACGGACAAGCGGGAGCGGUAUUAUGACAGCCGCGGCAUUGGCUGCUACAUGUUCAAGAUUGACGACAAUCUAGUUGUGGAUGCCACAAUGCGUGGCAAUGCGGCACGUUUUAUCAAUCACUCUUGUGAGCCGAAUUGCUACUCGAAAGUCGUCGAUAUACUUGGACACAAGCACAUCAUCAUCUUCGCCCUGCGUCGCAUCGUGCAGGGCGAGGAGCUGACCUAUGACUACAAAUUUCCAUUCGAGGAUGAGAAAAUACCAUGCUCAUGCGGCUCAAAGCGUUGCCGCAAGUACUUAAACUAGGCCAGAUCCAAAAUGCAUAUAGAAACAUAUAUAGAAUACAAAUAAUGGACGGCGCAGCGCGCUCGUCCAGGACAUACUCAAUGAAGAAUACGACAAACAAGCAACAUGUGUAGUUAACGGUUAUUUCGAUCUUAUUUUUGGUCAAUCGUGAUACAUUUCAUUUGAUAGCAUAUAUUUUAAGUAGACGUAGUUAAAACAGUUGUACACGUAAGAGUUAAACGUUGAUAUUAUAUAAAAUAUAUAUCCCAUACAUAUUCGUAUAUAAACAACUAAUAUUCUAAUAAUAUAACGCGACUUGUGCUCAUAUCUAUAUGGCAAACCCAUUGAUAUAAUCUGUACGAAAUAUAUAUUUUAUCAUGUAUCUAAAGUGUGUAGAUUUACACUGUAACACACUCAUACACACACACACACAUAAUAAUAAUAUGGAAAAACUCGAUGAUUUCAGUAUUCGGCGAAAAUGGUUUAACUGUAUAUGAACUAUGUUUAAAAUAUAUGCAUUAUAUACAUAUGUAUUAGCUACCAGAUAUGAAAUUCAGUAUAUUAAGGCUUGACAGAUUCUAUAUAUAUUAAAAUAAUUAACCUAGGCAUAAUAAUGUUGCAAAUCACGCGAUCAAGAUCAAUAUAUAUGUAUACCUGUUUGGUCAGAUUAUCAAUCCAUGAAUGGCCAAAUCGGUGGACAACCAUUUAAUGAUUAUUUACAGGGGCUUGUGUUAGAUUGUAUAUAAAGAAACAAAAAC